ACCCUCACCUUGACCGACAAGUGACCUCGAGGGUCACGGAAUAUGAGAGCUUCAGUCAGCAUGGGAGAAACUCGAUUAUGUUGACGUGCAUGAAACGGCAGCUAAUCUAUUCCAACAGAGGAAUCUAUCAAAGACAGUGUUAACAGUAGCGAUAGUCAGGUUUUUAACCAAGGUGCUCUCCUGAUUUGAUGCACUCCGCGAAAGAUCAGGCAGGAUGUCGGAGAGUCGGCUCCAGCACAUGUGUCGGCUGGAUAUGGAUGCGGAAUGCCACACGCUGAAGAGGACCAGCGUCAUCUGCACCAUUGGCCCAUCAUGUGAUUCAGUUGACAUUUUACAACAACUAAUGGAAAAAGGGGUGAACAUAUGCUGCAUCAAUAUGGCACACGGAUCUCAACAACAACACCGUGCUACAGUAGACAAGAUAAGAGAGGCCGAAAGACUUGCUAACAAGAAACUACCAACCCAGGUUGCCAUAGCGAUAGACAUAUCAGGACCUGCCAUACACAUAGGCCAGUUAAGAUCGGAACUUGGAGGGUCGAUGGUUCUGAAGGAUGGAGACAACGUAAGGCUGACUGGGGAUGCCACAUACAAGAACAUCUGUGACAAGGAGCACAUCUACGUCAACAAGGACGAGUUGAUCAGGAAGACUGUCGUGGGAGACACCAUCUACCUGGAAGACGGGCCACUCAGUAUCACAGUCAAACACAAAGACCCUGAUUACCUGAACUGUGUUGUGGAGACAGAGGGCGUGUUGCGGAGCUAUGAUGAGUGCCAAGUCCCGGGGAUGUUGUCAGGGAAACAGAAGUUGACAGACGAAGAUGUCGAUGACAUUGUAUUUGCACUGAGGAAUGAGAUAGAUAUGAUCUUCGUAUCGUGGGUGUGGAGCUCUGGUAUUGUACAGCUGGUGAGAAGAGAGCUGGGAAUCAAGGCUGAUCAGGUCAAGGUCAUUGCUAAAAUUGAAAACCAUGAGGGCGUGAAGAGGUAUGAUGCCAUCUUGAAAGUUUCUGAUGGCACCAUUGUUGCUCGGGGCAACCUUGGUGUAGAUCUACCGCCAGAGAAGGUAUUCCUUGCGCAGAAGCUUAUGAUUGGUCGAUCUCGUCGUGCAGGGAAACCAGUCAUCUGUGCUUCACAGAUGUUGCAGAGCAUGGUGCGUAAUCCUCGACCUACACGCGCUGAAGCGGGGGACGUUGCCAAUGCCAUCCUUGACGGUGUAGACUGCUUGAUGUUGACUGGCGAGACUGCCUUUGGGAAGCAUCCAAUCAAAGCUGUCGAGACACUGGUUGCUGUGUGUCAGGAGUCUGAAGCAGCACUAGCCACGGAAACAUUGUUCCGCAUCCUGCGUCAAGUUACAAUACUGCAGUAUGAUCACACAGAAACUGUUGCCAUGACAGCAGUGGAGACAGCCAUCCGGGCGGAAGCAGCUGGCAUCUUAAUUCUCACUAGCUCUGGGCGAUCAGCAGGCCUUGUAUCCCACUACCGUCCACCCUGCCAUAUUGUGGCCAUCACACGUGUGCCCCACGUCGCCCGAUGUCUGCAUCUACACCGGGGCACGCUGCCCAUCCUCUAUGAAGAGGAGCUCGCUGACAGCUGGGGUGAAGACAUGGAUCGCAGGUUCCAUCAUGGGAUUCUCGUAUCUGCCGAAUGUGGUAUAAUCAAGGCAGGAGAUACUGUUGUCUUGGUAACUGGGAUGAGUCCAGGAACUGGCUCCACAAACACGGUCCGGCUCCUUGUUGUUCCAGACCUGGACAAACUUCAGCCAAUCACAAACAUCCAACUCUGACUCUAUCCUGGAUGUAUGGUAGUUGAUCUAACCAGUGCGUUUGUUUGUUUGUUUGUUUGUUGUUUUACGCCGCACUCAGCAAUAUUACAGCUAUAUGACGGCGGUCUGUAAAUAAUCGAGUCUGGACCAGAUAAUCC